AUGACACAAGGAACCUUGACGACUGCACAAAUAAUGAAGGAGUCAGGCAUAAGAACUUGCCACAUCAUGUCAUACAUGGCAAAGCAAAUGGGUGGUUAUGAGAAGAUUCCAUUCACACCAAAAGAUCUUUACAAUCGAAUACCCCAUGCUUCAAAAGUUGAGUUUAUCGGUUCCAAUGCAGGGCGGGCAAUCGGAUAUUUAGAGCAUAAAGCUGAUGAAGACCCUGAUGGGAGAUGUAGAUCAGACUAUGAAACAUAUGGCCAUGCAGUAGCUUUUGAUUCGACGUACAAGACUAAUAGUUAUGGGAAGCCACUACUGAUAUGGAUAGGAAUUAAUAACCACUAUACCACAUGCAUUUUGGGCUUUGCCAUUCUUGACAAUGAGUCUGCCAACAGCUACAAGUGGGCGACAAGGGCUUUCCUGGAAUGCAUGGGAGGUGUUCUACCGAAAACAGUAGUGACAGAUGGAGACGAAGCUAUUGCUAACACGCUACAGGAGUUGAUGACUGAUGUACCCCACCGAUUGUGUUAUUGGCAUUUACACAACAAAGCUGUUUUAAAAGUGAAAGAUCCAUCUUUUGCGAGUAGGUUUACCAAAUUGGUAUUCCGGUACUACACAAAGGACGAGUUUGAAGAUAAAUGGUGCGACUUAGUGAAAGAUUUUGGGAUACAAGGCACUGAAUAUGCUGCAAAGCUUUAUGCAGACAAGGAGAAGUGGGCUGAAACAUUUCUGAGAGGGAAUUUCUUCUGUGGAAUGACAACUACUCAACGAAGUGAAGGUAUUAAUGCGGUGUUGAAGAAAAAAGUGAAUCAAAAGUUGAAGUUGUACGAGUUCGUCAGGGGGGUCAACAUGACCUUAUCUUUAAUUAGACAACGUGAAGCAAAGCAUGAGUACAUUACACUUCACACUAGUCCCCAGCUCGGGAAGACAAAUUUGCCACAGAUAGAGGAUGAAUUAGCAAAUCUUUACACACGGAACAUGUUUUACAAGGUACGACACCAGAUGUUGAAAGAAGGUAGGUACAUGGUGAAAACCCUAUUGGAGGAAGAGGAUGCAAUCAUUUUGAAGCUUCACAAGUAUGAUGUUGAACAAGUGAAGAGGCAUGUAUAUGUAACACCGGAGCGUGAUCUCUUUGUUUGUGAAUGCCAAUAUUUUUUGUCAUAUGGGAUACCAUGCCGGCAUAUAUUUUCUUCAAUAAAACGACUACACAUUACUUCAAUGCCUCGAGCACUAAUACUAUCUCGGUGGAUGGUUGAGACUAAACAGACUCACAAUUUUCCAGUUGGCAAUAUGGACUCUACCUUAGACAAACGAGAGGUGGAGAGUGCAAGAUUUGGUGCAAUUAGUAGCCAGUUGGGUGAACUUACGUAUCUUGGAUCGAGGAAUCAGUCGACAUACCAUAUUGCAAAAAGUGAGAUUGACAGAUUAUGCGGUAAGCUUAAAGCAGUUGUGGACAUGGGAGACAAGGAAAUUAGCCAUAACCUGCCUCUACACAGGGAGUUUCAAUUCCCAGUGUUGGAUCCAUACUUCACAAAAAGUAAGGGUACAGCAAAGGUACCUGGCUCGAAAAAAGGUACUCACCGCAAGUGUAGUAUCUGCCAGAAAAGUGGACAUAACAAGUUGACUUGCCCCAUAAAAUGGAAGAAGGAUCACCAGAUUGGAGAGUCAGAUGAAUAUGAAGAUGUAGAAGAAGAUGACCAAUGCUAUCGAAUGGGAUUGAAUGAUGAAUGGGCUGGGCAAAACUCAAUGGACUACACACAACAUGAGAAUGAGACAGAAAAUGAUGUUGUUGACGAUUUAGGCAGUGAACUACAGAAUGAUAAAGUGAAUAAAGUGGGAACACAAGUUGAGGAGGGAAACAAUUGGUGGAAAAGUCCUUUCUGA